AUGCCGCGUCGAAUGCAUAAUACGACCUCCUUACCUCGGGGCUUGCGCUCCGAGCUGGGGAUCAGGGAUACUUACGGGGAAAAGAAGCGCAAACAAAAAGGUCCCGCUAAUCGGAAAGACCGACGAAAGGCAGAGCGCGAUGACAAGAAAUCAAGAAAGCAGGUGGCUCCGGCACAGAAAAAGUUUCAGCGAAUUGAGGAAGGCGAUGAGGAGGAGGAGGAGGAGGAAGACAACAUCGAUCUAGACGAGGACGACGAUAUUUCCAGCGACGAUGCAAGACCUACGAAGAAAUCGAAGCCCACUCCCGAGGCAAAGCCGAAGCCCGCGUUAAAAUCCAAGAAGUCUAAGGACCCUGAACCUGCUUCCGAUAGCGACAGCGACGACGGACAAGGCUAUGAAGAUGAUGAUGUCUUGGAUGAGACUACCCCACAAUCACCCGUCCAUGUGUCCGCCGGCGUCAAGUCUAAGUUGGCCCAGGACGAUGCGGAAAUUGCGGCGCUGGAGAAGAAGCUUGGCUUGAAGAAAGGGAAGAAGCUUCCAAAAGCCUUUGCAGAGGAUGGAUUGGAGGACUUGAUGGGAGAUUUGGGCGAGGAGUCAGAGGACGAUAGCCGAAAGCGCAAGCGCGAGGCUGAUGAGUGGUUGUUGAGCAAGAGGCGAAAGGCACAGGCUCUUCAAGCGCAGGUGUCUGAAGAUGAUGAUGACGAUGAAGAUGAUGACGAGCUCGACAGCGACGAAGAAGGCGACAACCUCGACGACGAAAUCUUCGGGGACGAGAGUGAUGAAGACGACGAAGGCGAAGGCGAGGACAGCGACUUCAAGGGAUUCGAUGAGAAACUGCUCCCCAAGAAAAGGGAAAACCCUUACAUCGCUCCGGUUUCGAAGCCUGAGACUACGCAAAAAUAUAUUCCCCCGUCGAUGCGAGCUCGUCAAGACCCCGAAUCAGAGUCCCUUACUCGUUUAAGGCGCCAAGCCCAGGGACAAUUGAAUAAGUUGUCCGAGGCCAAUUUGAUUUCUAUUGUUGGCGAAUUUGAGAAACUCUAUCGUGAUUACCCUCGUCAGAGUGUGACCUCUACUUUGAUCAAUCUAUUGAUGGGCAUGAUCUGUGAGAGAGCCGUUCUACAGGACACUUUCAUGGUUCUCCAUGCAGGAUUCAUUGCGGCACUGUACAAGCUUCUGGGCAUGGACUUUGGUGCUGAGAUUGUCCAGCAUGUGGUCGAAAUCUUGGAUGCGGGUGCUGAUGAACGCGGCAAAUUUGAGGGCAAGGAGGUCGUUAACCUUGUUUCCCUUCUGUCGCAACUGUACAACUUCCACGUUAUCGGCAGCACAUUGAUGUUCGACUACAUCCGUCUCUUCCUGGCGGAGAUUAACGAAACCAACACCGAGCUUUUGCUUAAAGUCAUUCGAAACUGUGGUCCCCAACUUCGACAAGAUGACCCAUCAUCACUCAAGGACAUUGUCCUGCUCAUCCAACCCGCUGUGGCUAAGGCUGGCGAGGCUGCCCUUUCGGUUCGCACUAAGUUCAUGAUCGACGUUAUCACCGAUCUCAAGAACAACAAAGUCAAGUCUGCUAUUGGCGCCAGUGUGACCUCAGAGCAUAUUACCAAGAUGCGCAAGGUUCUUGGCUCGUUGAAUAAUUCUCGUGUCAUUCGUGCUUCCGAGCCUAUCAGCAUCAGCCGCGCCGACAUCCACGAUUCUUCGAAGAAGGGUAAAUGGUGGUUGGUGGGUGCAAGCUGGAAGGAUGAUCCUUUGGUUGCUGCCCGGAAGGAGUUAGCCAGCGCGGAAACAAAAAAGACCCACGUCGAGGACGAUGACAGUGAGGCCGAGCCCGACCUGGGAGACCUUGCCAAGGCUCACCGUAUGAACACUGAUGUCCGUCGAUCCAUUUUCGUUGCGAUCAUGUCUGCGAACGAUUUCCAAGAUGCGCAUGUCCGUCUUCUUAAGCUUCGCUUGAAGCGGGCCCAGGAGUUCGAAAUCCCCCGUGUUCUUUUGCAUUGCGCAAUGGAAGAACAAGCACACAAUCCCUACUACACUCUCAUUGCCCGACGUCUCUGUGGUGAACUAGGCCGACGCAUCAAAAUGUCCUUCAUGUUCGCCCUUUGGAACAUUUUCAAGCGAAUGGGCGAGAAAAGCGACCUUGACGAAGAUGACGAUUUUGACCCUGACGAUGAAGAGAACGGAGUUAGCAUGAAGGCCGUGGUCAACGUGGCCAAGAUGUUCGGUAUGCUUAUCGCGGACGGCUCCUUGACUUUAGGCAUCCUGAAGAACCUCAACUUCGCCUACCUCCAACCCAAGACCAAGACCUUUGUUGAGAUUUUGAUCAUCAGCAUCAUCCAGCAAUCGCAGAAGACUAAGAGGGCGAAAAAGAGAGCCGAUUCUAGCGAGUCUAGUUGGGAUGAAGAGUCUUUGAUGCAGAUCUUCUUACGUGUGCAGGAAGCGCCCCAAAUUGCUAAGGGUCUGAUUUACUUUGUCCGCAAAGUUGUCGCCAAGAGUGAUAUCGUCUCGGGCAAGGAACAAAAAAUGGUGCGCUGGGGCUGCAAUGUUGCUGUAGAUACCCUGAAGGCUGUGAAGGACUAA